UAAGGCUCUGUAUGUUAUAUAAAGUCUACUUAUUGCUGACCAUUUAAACUGUAAGUGGAGUGACUUGUGAACACAUACUCAGAGAGACAGAGAGAGAGAGAGAGAGAGUUUGCUUAGCCUAUCCACAUUUUUGUUUGUGCCAAGCAGCCACAGUCACCAUGCUGAUCUCUGUGCUGCUGUUGUGGUUUGGAGUCUUCCUUCUCUUCUUCCUUUUCAGGGUGCAAAGACCCAAGAAUUUUCCUCCUGGACCCAGAGCACUUCCUCUGCUGGGGAACCUGCUGGAGAUCAACCCACAACAGCCACUAAAGACUUUGCAGAAGUUGGCAGAACACUAUGGUCCUGUCUUCAGUCUGUAUGUUGGCUCUCGUCCUGCAGUGGUGUUGGCUGGUCAGAAGGUCAUCAGAGAAGCUCUCGUCUCCAAAGCCACUGAGUUUGCAGGACGCCCAACUCACACGUUGAAUGCUCAUAUACAACAAGGGGAAGGUGUAAUCAUAGCAGAUCACGGCCCUGCAUGGCAAGAGCACCGGCGCUUCGCCCUGACCACGCUGCGGAACUUUGGGAUGGGGAAGCGCUCCAUGGAGGAGAAGAUUCUAGAAGAGACCCAACACAUCUGUGCCGAGAUGGAGAAGCAUGCAGGGAAAUCCAUGGAUCCUCAGUAUCUCUUUCACUAUGCUGCCUCGGACAUAAUCUGUUCCAUUAUUUUCGGGUCAAGAUUUGACUAUAACAACACCUACUUCAAGAGCCUUAUCGUCAUCAUAGUAGAACUGACAAAGUUAGCCCUCGACCCUUGGGCUAUGAUUUAUGAGAUCGCCCCUUUUGCAAGGAGUUUGCCUCUUCCCUUCAAUCGAGCCUUUGCCUUAAGCAACCGACUGAAAAGCCACAUACGAAAAAUGAUCACUGAACACAAAGACUCGUGGUCUUCAGGACAGUCACGAGACUUCAUUGAUAGCUAUCUGGACGAGAUGGAGAAAAGGAAAGGUAAAGGGACCACCUUUGACGAUAGUCAGCUGGUAGCCACUUUGUUUGACCUUUUCAUUGCUGGGACUGACACUACCUCCAAUACCCUGAGGACAGCUACACUCUAUCUCAUGACUCAUCCCCACAUACAGGAGCGCUGCUACCAGGAGAUCAAGGAAGUGCUGGGCUCUCGUGAGCAGGUGUGCUUUGAGGAUCGCCAGUCCAUGCCCUACGUCCAAGCCGUGAUCCAUGAAUGCCAAAGACUAGCUGAUACAGUUCCCCUGAGUGUGUUUCACACUACGACCACGGACACACACAUCCAUGGCUACAGCAUCCCCAAGGGCACGCUGAUCAUUCCUUUCCUGUCCUCAGCGCUACAUGAGGAGGGUCAAUGGAAGUCCCCUCAUGACUUCAACCCAGAGAACUUCCUGAACGAGAAGGGGGAGUUUGUCAAACCUGAUGCCUUCAUGCCCUUUUCUACAGGUUCUCGUAUGUGUCUGGGGGAGGGACUUGCUCGCAUGGAACUCUUCCUCAUCCUGGUCACGUUGCUGCGUCGCUUCCGAUUGGUCUGGCCAGAAGAAAGGGGAGUGCCUGACUACAGCAAGGUGUUUGGAAUCACACAGGCACCCAAACAGUACCAUGUUACUGUCCACCUGAGGGAGGGAGUGAACUAAUGUGUUUUUCUCUGUUGAUCCACUUGAGGGCAAUGAAGUGUCUGUUGCCUUUUCUAGGUUUGGGUUUCAGGCAUCUAUGAAUGAAAUUAGGGCUGAAGCAGCAGCUGCACCAUAGGUGCAAGGCCCUACAGUAUUGUUUUUGUACAGAUGAUGAUGAUUAUUGUUAUUAUUAUUAUUAUAUUGAUUCCUCUUGCCAUCCCACAUUUUGGCCUUUUUCACCAUCUUGGCAUGCUCUAAAACUUGAUAAUUUGGCAGCUACAUGUGGAGUUGCUAUCGCUGCUCAGAGACAGAGCUCAGACCCAGGGUGUGGCUUAGAGACUCUAUCGCGCCACCUAGCACAUUGUCUGUUGUGGUUGACACAUACAUUCAUGAAAAUGGACCAGAUUUGGUGGGCAUAUGUUUUGUAUUACUCUGAACAACUUUUUUUUCUUGAAACUACAGUGGGGAGAACAUGUAUUUGAUACCAUGCUAAAGUUGCCUAAAAAGAGGAAUAUAAUGCCUUAAUUCAAUGCCUUAAUUAAAAAAAAUGAGUAAAAAUCAAACUGCUAAGGACACAAAUUUUCUUUGUGAUUGAAGAAUGUAUCGUAAUAAAUAAAUGUCCUUCCUUAAAUGUUAGGGGGGAGGAAGUAUUUGACCCCUAUCUUAAACUCCCAUAGGAGCAGGAGGAUUUUUAAUUAUGAUUUUAUUUUUAAAGGCCAGCUAUUUCAUGGAUCCAGGAUAUUAUGCAUCCUGAUAAAGUUCUCUUGGCCUUUGGAAUGAAAAUAGCCCCACAUCAUCACACACCCUUCACCAUAGCUAGAGAUUGUCAUGGUGCUUUUUCCAGAAGGCCUAUUAACCUGUUUGAUGCUCAUUGAGCUCAAUGCAAAUCAAACAAGUAUAGAAGUGCGGCGUAACUUUAUCAAAAUGCAGUGGCAUAGAGGUCAAAAUCAGACUAAUUAACUGAGUCUUUUGUUUUGUACUGGGCAUGUUUGCUCACAAUCAUGUAACACACAUUGACACAUUGUUUCAGGUAGUUGAAACAGCAAAAGUCUGAAUCUAAAUAAGAUAAUUCCUGUCUUUGAUUAUGAAAACCACUAUGAUUGGUUUGUGGUUCGUCUUAAUACAUGCACAAUGCACAUACAGGUACAUGCACAUACCUAUGAAAUGUUGUGCAUGUAGGUGAAACUAUAUGCCAACCACAGUACGUCAAAUUUGUGCAAAACGCACAAAAUCCUAAAUAUCUCACUUCCUGUUGGGUGUGGCUAAUGCAAAGUACAUGAAAGUUGUUAGUCUUGGGGAGUUACACACACCUACCAAAUUUGGUGUGCAUAGCUUAAGGUAUAUGCUAACCACGAGAUUAACUGACAUGGGAGUUUUCACCCAUGGGAAUCACCUAAAAAAAAGGCAAAGUGUAACAGGAUAUUACCAACUAUAAUAAUGAUAAUGAUAAUAAUCCUCAUUUGGUUGAUGGUUUAUUUGCUUACAAAAUAUGAGAGAACUUGGAAUAAAAUGUGACAUGAUUACACAUAACCUUGCUGAGUCAU